CUCCCGUCGCCGCCGGCAGCCAACUACCCAAUCCUCUUCCACCUCGGGAUCCCUCCCGAUCCUUCUCCACCCAACCAGCGCCUCUCCUGGUCUCCUCCUCGUUUUCCCCUCCUCUGCUCGUUCGUCCCCGAGCAUCUCGCUCCACUAGCAGGCCAGCGCCUCCACCGUCGCCGGCAACCGCGUCACCAUGACCCCCGCGGCCUCAAGCCCCUCGUGCCGAGCAACCCUCCUGGUCGCCUCCCUCCUCCCGUGCUUCGAUACAGGGUGGAUCGGAACCAGUGCCCGAGCCCUCCUCUACCUCUCCUCGAGCUCGGCCGCCUCAACGUCGUUUUCCCCUUCGCCUCACAUCUCUCUCUUUCUAAAUCGCACCAACAUGAGCCUCUCCAUGAACGCCCGUCGCCGGACGUCUCCGCAGCCGUUCCUCGCCAAAUCCCACGUCGCCUUGAACGGAGGCCACCUCGUGCCGCCGGUCGCCUCCCCAUGCCAAAUCCGGAGCGCCCAGUCCUCUAUCUCCACGUUGGCUCCGUCGCCUUGUCAAGUUCCUGGAGCUGCUGCUGCUCCCUGCAUCGCCCCGCGCUCGCUGCCGCCUUCAGCCACCCGAGGACGCCGCCGCCAUGGCCUCAGCUCUCCGCCCGCCUCCGCCCACGUCCUCGGCUGGAUCCACCGGCCGCGCCAAGUCCCGCAGGCGCUGACGUCGCCACGUCUUCUUCCCUUGCGCUGCUCGAGAGAGAGAGCCGCACUCAAGCCCCGUGCUGCACCUCUGCUUCGUUCGAGCAGAGGAUGACGCCUCCUUGUCCGCUUCGCCUUGGCCUGCCUCCUCGUUGCGGGCCUCUACACCGAACGGCCCAAGGCCACUAGGUAAGCAGACCCAGAUCCAGCGCUCACUAGUCCGGCCCAGUUCCAGCAGAUUCGGACCGACUCAUGUUUUUUCCCUCUGGACGAUUUUAGCUAUUUAUCCAGAGAACGCCUGUUUUGCAGAAGAGCCCUCAUGCCUCAUACUCCCUCCGUUCCUAAAUAUUUGUCUUUCUAGAGAUUUCAACAAAUGACUACAUACGAAGCAAAAUGACCGAAUCUACACUAUAAAUAUGUCUAUAUACAUAUGUAUGUGGUAGUUCAUUUGAAAUCUAUAAAAAGUUGAGGGGGUACAUUUAAUAUCUCACAAACCAUGCAUCAUAUGUAAAUAAUUUAAAUAUGUAAAAUGCUUCGAAUUUCAUCUAGUUUCAUAAUAUUCAACGUUCAUCCGUGAUUAAAAUGUUUAAAAUGCUGUUUGCAUUUAAUUUGCAUUAAUAAUAUGUUAACAUGGUUUAUUUCAUAUCUAAUUAACCGUAGCUCCGAAUUAAAUAAACUUUAUAUGUAAAUAGGGUAGAAAAGUGCAUAGAUUAACAUGGUGCUCUUUAUUUUCCUGUUUAACAACUCUAAAAUAUGGCUUAGGGUAGAACAAUAGCAAAUUCGGACUAUGCAUAUGGGGAUUUUCCGGAAUUGUUGUUUGUGCUUCGGCCUCAUUUAAACUUGCCUAAAUGUGUAGUUUACUUAUGCUUCACCCCUUGCCAUGUUUAAUAACAUUUAAUAUUGUUGGGU